GGGACCAACCUAGGAGGCGUAGCUCUUGUAAUCUGCAAAUGCAGGCCGAGUGAGUGGAUCGCAUUCAGUGUGCAGGGAGAAGGAGUAAGACGCACAAGUUCUUCUCGCUGUUGAGAGAAGUUUGCUUUUUUAACUCCAGAGGUGAUCGCAAACAAAUCUGAUCCGCAGAAGAGAAACUGUGGGAGAAAAAAAAAAAAGAAAUCAGGAUCUACCGCAGUUUGCUCUUUGGUUUGUAUUACCUCCCAGUGGUCUGUGGCCUUUGCCUAGUGUUACAAAAUGAGCUUCAGUGCCACCGACCUGGAGGAGCUGAUGGAGUCCCUUGGAGACCUGAAUGUCUCCGACUCUUUCAGCAACAUAACACGAGUGGAUUUGGUGCUGUGUUCCACAUCUAUUAACCGCGAUGCUCUGCUGUACUCCAUGUGUGUCCUCUACACCUUCAUCUUCAUUGUCGGCCUGGCUGCUAAUGCUCUGGUCCUCUGGGUGAACAUCCGUGCCCAAAGAGACUCCACCCCUCGCCAUGAGACACAUAUGUACAUUGCCCACUUGGCAGUGGCAGACUUAUGUGUGUGUGUCACUCUUCCCGUGUGGGUCAGCUCCCUGGCCCAGCAUGGCCACUGGCCAUUUGGCGAAGUGGCCUGUAAACUCACACACCUGCUCUUCUCUGUUAACCUCUUCAGCAGCAUCUUCUUCCUGGCGUGCAUGAGCGUCGACCGCUACCUAAGUGUGAAGCAGCACAGAGAGGAGGGAGGUGCGCGCAGGAAGUUGAUCCGCCGCGCUGCAUGUUUUGGAGUGUGGCUUCUGGCUCUGGUGGCAUCUUCUCCUGAAACCUACUACCUGCAUGCUGUGAAGUCAUCGCACGGGGACACUAUAAUGUGCAGGGCGGUGUACCCAGAGGAAAACCACUUGAAGUGGAUGGCGGGAGUGCAGCUCAGCUUCAUCCUGCUGGGCUUUGUUGUUCCCUUCCCAGUCAUUGCAGUGUUUUACAUCCUACUGGCCAGAGCUUUCAAGCGCUCAUCAUCAGCAUCAUCCUCCCAUGUGGAACAGGAGCGCGGUGUAAGCCGCAGGGUGAUUCUAGCUUACAUUGUGGUUUUCCUAGCCUGCUGGGGGCCUUAUCAUGCCGCUCUGCUCGUUGAUGCGCUGACGCAGCUGGAGCUGGUGCCAUUCACUUGUGGCCUGGACAAUGUGCUCUUCAUAGUGUUACACCUCACCCAAUGCCUGUCCCUGUUCCACUGCUGCUUCAACCCCAUCCUCUACAACUUCAUUAAUCGAAACUACCGCUAUGACCUCAUGAAGGCCUUCAUUUUUAAAUACUCAACUCGGACUGGCCUUGCACGUCUCAUUGAGACUAAUAACGUGUCAGAGACUGAAUACUCAGCUGUAGAAAACCCACCUCUGAUCUGAUCUCCAUGAGUCUAGUGGAGUGUGAACUUGUGCUACACUUGAUUUAUCUGCUACAAACCAAUCCAGCAUCUUUUUCACAAACAUCUGCUUUAGUCCUUGAAAAACUUGAAGACUGAUCAAAAAGCACUUAAAGCAGUCUAUAAUAGCAGCUGACUAACAAAUCCUUGUAUAUGUAAAGCCAAAACUGUGUGUAAAUUGUAUAAAGUGGUUUUUAUUAUGUAUGGAUGUUCUGAGCAUUAGUGUGUGCGUGUACCCGUAAAGUGUGAGAUGUGUAUUAUUAUCAUCAUAAGUAUACCUUUGUAUCUGCCUUUUUGUAUUUAUAUGAAUUUUUUACACUGUUCUUCUAUUGUGUUUUGAUACAAAGUCUUCGCACAGUUGCUCAAAUGGGAAAACAUUUCCUUUAAGCUUUAGUCCUGCUGCUUCAUUUUGAUUCAUAACCUCAUUUUGCAUCAGCUGAAGCCUUCGAAAAAGUUAAAUUUCUUUUGAAAACAUCCAAAAAUAUGCUUUUCAAUAGUUUUUUUUUAUCUUUGUUUAAAUAUUAGCAAUGCUUUUCCAUCUCUAAAUUAGGUAUAAACCAACAGAGCUUCUGCUACCCAUACCUUGCCCUCCCCAAAAAGCUUGAAAGCAUUGAAUUUUAUGAAUCCUUAAAUUAUUUUUUGCAUUAAGUAACUGUCUGUAUUCAGUGUAAAUCUUUAUUAAUUGUAAAUCCAGAUUAGAUACUCCAGUUUACCCAAACCACCAUAAUAUUUCUGCUCUUUACGUCAGAAACCUUUUGAUCAUCCAUUCUCAGUCUUUGCUCCUAAAGCUCAAACCAAACAUGAAGACAAGUUUAUAAACAGUUGAAGGAUUCAUAAACUAGCGUACUCAUAAACUGCUAUGAAAUUGCAAUACUGAAGAUGCUUUAAGAUGGUUUUAAGGUCCAUGCUCCGGAACUCAAGAGAGACAGAAUAUUAACUCAUAAAGUCUUCGCAGGGCCCCACUUAAGAUGUCAAACUUUAUUUUUUCUCCUUUCUGUUACCUUUGGAUGUAAAUGUGUUCCACUUUUAUCUGUAGGCUUCUGCUGAGACUACUGAUCAUAGAAAACAAAAACAGGAGGCUCAUGUUGUUCCACAUUCUCAUUUAUUAAAUGUUACAAUAUGCUAUAUCAGUAAAUUAUAUGAUCAAUUAUAUGUCAGUUACAAAUGUCCAUGUGUUCAUAAUCUCUGUAUUUCAGCAAAACCCAGAUGCAGCUCACAUUUUAUGAGUUAAUAAACUGCAAUAGCAGUUUUGUUUUGUUUUUUAAUGGAGGGGGAGCUGUGCUGAGCAUCAUUCAAGAAUGCAUCUUUUUCUGCAAACUGCAUAAAUUUCAUUGCAUUAAUUCAGAUUCAAUUGUGCAUCUAUGAAUAAACCCAAAGCUGGACACCAAGGGAUAAAAUUUGAUGUGUUACUAGUAUGAAGAUAUAUGUUCUUUACUGUAUUAUUUUGAUAUUAUUUUGUAGUUGGUUUUGUGUUAAACUUUUAUGCUUUAAAAAAAAAGUUUAAUUAGGAUAAAAAAGAACAGAGAAAGAGUUAUCUUUGAAAGACAACAAGCAUUCCCUUUGCUUUGUAAUGUAUAGCAUGUGUUAUGUUUAAUAAUAAAAACAGUAGAAAUUUUACUU